CUCUCUCUCUCUCGCUCCCUCUCUCGUCUCUUUCUCCGCGGCCCGUGUGAGACGCGCUCAGCCCCCCGGAGUCGGAGCUCUGAGCCGCGCGGUCCGUUGGCGGCUGGCGGCUGGCGGCGGCGGCCCGUGCCCCGCCACCCCCCCGGACCGUGACCGCGCCCGCGACCGCACCACGAUGAACGCGGCGGCGGUGUUCACCGUCGCCGUCCUCUUCUGCGUUUCCUGCCUCUGCGCGGCUAUCGGCAUCGCCUUCUCCCAGCACAGUAACUUCAUGGACCUGGUGCAGUUCUUUGUCACGUUCUUCAGCUGUUUCCUGUCGCUGCUGCUGGUGGCCGCCGUGGUGUGGAAGAUCAAACAGAGCUGCUGGGCGUCCCGUCGCCGGGAGCAACUCCUCCGCGAGAUGCAGCAGAUGGCCAGCCGCCCCUUCGCCACCAUCAACGUCGCCUUGGAAGCGGAGGAGGAGCCGCCCGACCUGAUUGGAGGGAACGUCAAGGGUGUUCCCAAGCCCAUCGCCCUGGAGCCCUGCUUCGGAAACAAGGCGGCCGUGCUGUCAAUCUUCGUCCGGUUACCACGGGGAUCAGGGGGCGUACCGCCCCCCGGACAGUCUGGUCAGCUGCCCGCCUCUCCUCCUCUCUUUCAUCUUGUCGCUUUCUCUAUCCAUCUCUCUUCCCUUGCUCUCCUCCCACAAUCACCUUCCCCUAGCCCAUUCCACUCUGUUUUCUAAUCUGUUCCCCCCCCCUCCCUCUUUCUUCUGCUAUGUCUCUCUCUACUUGCUCUCUCUUUCUCUGCAUCAUCCCCUCCUUUCUCUCUUCCACUCUCCUCCCCUUUCUCUUCAUCCCUCUCUCUGGUCUCAUCUCAAGGUGAUAAGUCACUCUCUCCCUGUCUCUCCAUAUUCAGUUUCAUUCCUGUAGUGAUAUUAUAUUCUGCGCGUGUCUCUCUUAAUUUCCCUCCCUCUCUGUCCUCCUCUGGAUGGUCCCGUUUCUCCUCUGUGGGAAAUCUCAGCUCGGGUUUUAAUUUUGGUUUCCCGUAACAAGGCGCAGACAUGGCGUCCGCAGCCGCGAUUGUGUGGCUGUCCCGCUACAACCCCGCUUUUCUCCGCUGGGAUUCGGCCAAUGGCCUGGGGCCUAAAUGCCCCAAAUCAGCAGCCUCUGGUCUUAUCUUAGCCCCGGUGUGAGCGCCAGGUUUCUGCUGUAGCCCAGCAACAGGGCAUCUGAUUCAGCCAAUUAAUCACGGUCUUCAGUCGAAUCAGGAGCCCCAGUGCCGGGCUAAAACAGAACCCCCCCACCCCCGCACCAGCUCUUUUUGGAUAAGAUUGGACACCCCCCCUAGCCUAUAUAUUGCCCCCUCCUCCCCUUGAGUGGUGCCAUAGUCUGUCACAUCGUUGCACCCUGCAGAGCUAAUGGAAACCCUCCACUGCGUUCUGUGAAAGUCUUCCGCGAGCUUGCAGCUGUUUCCGCUGCCUUAGACCAGUUUAAGUUUCUGUUGAAAUAUACACACACUAUUUUUUUUGGAUGAGAAACCCUGCAUUUAUGAGUUAUUAUGUUUUGGUUAUUUAUAAUGAUGAAUAAAAAAAAAGUGUUGCAGGUGCCUUUUUGGCAGGAACGAUGUUUUCCAAAAAACAGAUUUGUGAGUUUAAUCUGCCAAUUCGUCCUUGUAGCCUGUAGGGGACACGAGUCUCCAGUCUUAAUCUCCAGAAACCGUAUAUUCCACUGCGCUGAGCAGCUACACUAGGGGGAUAUUCAAUAAAAAAAUAACAAAUAUUUUCCGAAAAUAUUUCCACCAUGCUAUGUUUUUGUCAGCCCAGACACUUGUAUUAUGUCAAAAAAAAAAAGUGAAAUACUUAAACUGUGUUUCCGGGGGGGUCUCGGGGGGGCGGCAGGAUUCUGUGCUCGUUAUUUGCCGACGGGAGACGACUUUUAGAUAGCGUUGUGGAAGAC